CCAAAGCCAGACAGAUUGCACUCACUGCACAGACAGCAGACCAUGAAGCUUCUCCUAUUAAUGUGUCUCCUGAUCUACAGCUCCAUACAUACAGCUCAGACCGUAAUAUUCAGCCAGAAUGGAACAGAGGGGAGAGACGUCAGCCUGGUCUGUGUAAAUGUGAGUAAAGUGAUCUGGAGUAAAGGCACUGAUGGAGGAAGAUCAGCCAUCCUCAGUGCUGAAGAUGGAGAAAUCACCCAGAAACACAGACCUGAUCCAGAAAACAGAUACAGUGUAUUAAACAGUGAUUCAUCACUGGUGAUAAAGAGCGUUUCUCUCUCUGACUCUGGGAUUUACUACUGUAACUCUGCUCCUGUAGUGAAUCUGACUGUGAAUCCUGCACCUCCAGCAGAGUCUAAAACCACCAUGUCCACAACUCGGUCCUCUUCAGGAAGUGAUGAUGAGAGCUCUCCCACUGCUCCUCCUAAUGUGACCUGCUGUUCUUCAGUGAGCUCCAGCCAAACUGACCGAGCAAAAGGCAGAAGGAAUGAACUCCCAGCAGCUCCACUCACAUCUGCAAAAGCUUCAAGGAAGAAACCACAAACUGAAAAGAAGGAGAACAGGAACGGAAGGGGAGAAAAUAGACACCGCAACAAAAAAGCUCCCUCAGCGGUCUCAAAUACCACACUUACACCUGCAUCUGCAGUGAUUAACUCAGAGUCUAAAACCACCAUGUCCACAACUCGGUCCUCUUCAGGAAGUGAUGCAUCUACAAAAGCUUCAAGGAAGAAAACACAAUCUACAACAACUGAAAAGAAGGGGAACAGGAACGGAAAGGGAGGAGAUAAACGCCCCAACAGAAAAGGUUACAUUAUCACUAUUGCUGUGCUGGUCGGGGUGCUGCUGGUAAUUUUGGCUCUGUUUCUACAGAGAUGCUAUUUCAAAAGGAAAGCUGCCAGAGCCACCAAGACUGAUCAUGUCUACGAGAUCGUAAAUGACUCUGCACCGACCACACAGCCUGCAUCUUCUCCUCCAAAGGAAUAUGAAGCCAUUUACGUGCUGGCAGGUGAUCCAGACAUCAUAAAACUGGGCUUGAAGAACCAAAGUGCAGCUUCCCCUUUAGUACCACAAGCUCAGUCCACUGAGAACAACCCGAGUGAGCCGCUCUAUUCCACCAUCCAGGAAUUCAACACGUAGCAGUGUGAAAUGAAGACCUCACUGCCUUCCAGAUCCGUACAAAAUAAUACAGCACCUCAUCUGCUUCUGUUUGAAUUUGCUUACAUGUUUACAUUUUUAAACUAGAUCUAAAUACAUAUAUUUGGA